GAUAGAUAUAAAUUGCGCAAAUGAUACGUGACGCACAGCUACGUGACAUGGGCAACACGACGGACGCCGGAGGGACUGGAAGCCGAGCGUCGAAAAGCGAUUCCCUACUUCUGAAGACGAGCAGAGCUACUGGGCAAUGAUUUGGGGCGCGAGGCGACGAAGGAUGUUUCUGCUAGGCGCGUCUGUAGCUCGCGGAUAUAACGAGUCGUCACCGCGCUUGACUUGGACGGGGCCGGAGCCCUUGGCGCUUCGGCGUCAUCCAGUGAAGCAUGUCAGGGUCGUACGAGGCUCAGUGCACCGUGUCUUCGGAUUCGCUAUCACGCAGUAUGGGAUUAUUUGUGAACAAAAGCGAGCGCGAACCGGAUUCGAUAGUCGAAAUUGGCGGUGAUAAUGUUCGGAAUGGCAUCGCACAGUAGACGAGGUCCGCCUGGUCAAGCGUUGAAACUUCAAUGAAAGUAGAGAGAGAAAAG